UUCGCCAUGUCCAUGAAUUCAUGAUUACAAUUUACAAGUUUCAACAAUAAUAAUAGAGAUAUAAUUUUGCAUUAGAUACUUAUGUUAUAAUUAAAUAUAUAUGAAUUAAAAUGCUGAAUGGCAAAUGCGUGUAAGUGAUCAGUGAUGUGACAAAAUAGAUACUUGAUAGUUUAAAGUUUAACUAUUAUUAGUCAUGAAUUAAUGUUUUUGUCUUUUAUAAGCUAUGGAGAAGUCAAGUACAAGUAUUUGGAUCGGACACUCGUGACGAAAGUAACAAGAGGCUAUUAAACUUAUAGAAGUCUACCAUAAGUACAGCGUAACAAUAUUAUUAUGCUAUACUCUUGAUCUGAUGUCAAAUGUCGUCUGAUGAGAAUUAGGUAUUGAACUGUCAACGAAGUGUGAUAAUGGAUUUAUCAACAGAAGAACUGCUUAGCAGAAAAGAGACGUUGAAACAAUUUGAAAACUAUAUUGAUAAAACAAGUAACACGUUAAAGUGUUUUAUUGAAAAAAUUGGAUGGACAUUGGAUAAAACUCCAGUCAAUGAUAAAUUGGCAAAGUGUCCAUUCAAUAAUGAACACAGAAUGCCACCAUCCACACUUGAAGUUCAUUGUCAAAAGUGUAUAUUGAAAAGAAAUGGAUACGAUUCAUCUCAUUCGUUUUAUCCUUCUUAUAAUUUGUCAACACCUUUGGCCCACACUGUUAAAAUAGAUGAAAUCACUCAAAUGCGUAUUUUGAAAACUGCCUUCGAGGAAUCAAAUUCAACAUUAAAUAUAAAUCUUGAGCCUAGAGAAGUUUCCCAAAGUAUAGAACGUUAUGUUUGUGAUUUUACUCCUGACGAGAGAAGAGUAUUAUAUGAUACUGCUGUAAAAUACACCAAACUACCUAAUCACAAAAAUGUGAUAAAUGAUUUAACAGGUGUGGAUGUUUAUAAUAAAACUGACGAUAAACCCAAAACUGAGCUUGAGGUUUUGCAAGAGCAAAGAGACUUAAAACGUAGGAGUGCUGCUUAUCGAGGAAAAAAAGUUCACACAGAUAGAAAAUCUUAUGUUGAGAUUUUAAGAGAAGUAGUUGAAGGAUUAACAAAUAAUUUGGCCCAUUCAGAAGAUAAAUCAGUGUGCGUCCAAACUUCAAAUACCAUUGCAGAAACUAUACCAAAUGAUCGUUUUGUGUACAAGUAUGCAGGUAAUCAAAGUUAUGAUGGUAAUCCAUAUACUCGCUGGCUUGAUAUUGAAACAGAGGAAUCUAAAUUAUUUAAGUAUUGUCAAAAGGAGAGUCAGAAUUCAUAUCAAGAAGCUUCUACAUCUAGAAUUUAUUGUAAAGAUCAAACUGGUUUUAAAAAAUCAAGAAAAAGUAAAUCUAAAUCAAGAGAAAGAAAAACGUCCACUAGUGAAUUAAAAUUAAGAUCUAGAAGAUCUUGGUCUCGCACAGUAUGUAAAUCAAGAAAAAGUAGAUCUAAUUCAAGAGAAAGAAAAACGUCCACUAAUGAAUUAAAAUUAAAGAGAUCUAGGAGAUCUAGAUCUAGCUCAGCAUGUAAAGAAACCAAAUAUAAGAAACCUAAAAUUCGUUCUAAAUCCAAAGAAUAUGUAUCAGUAGAAAGUAAACAUAAAAGAUCUAGAAAACGUAAAACUCGAUCAAAAUCUAAAGAAAGUGAGUCUAGAAGGCACAGAAGUCGAUCGAUAUCUUUAGAAAAUACAGAUAAAAGAUCUAAGAAGCAUAGAACUAAGUCUGAGUCAAAAGAACUUGAAAAGAUUAAAUGUUCUAGAAGUCUUACAAAUUAUAAUAAGUUGUUAAAUGAAAAAGACUCUGCAAUACAAUUUAAGCCAAAAAAUACUCAUAAAAAAAAAAAAAAACAUAAAAGUAAAAAAAAUCGUUCUAAAAGUCCAAGAAGAUCUUAUAAAAAUAAUAAAAACAACGCUAUUGAAGUUAGUGAAAACAUUGAUGACAAAAUAUCAAAUGAUAACGAUGUCGUCCAUUCCAUCUAUCAGUCAUAAAACUUGUCGGUUAAAAAUUGAUGAUUGGGUUUGCACCAUAAUGUAAUUUAUUAUGAUGUGCUGUCAUUAAGCAUUUUUAUUGAUUGAAAGUUAUAUCAAUUAUUUAAUAUGGUAUAAUGAUUUUGUGUUUUCAUUAAAACACAACUAUAUAAUUUCAAAGAAAAAUAAGAUUUAUUAAUAAAAAAUAUUUUUAAUUUGUAAUAAUAUUUGUAAUAAAGACAAUCUAUCAAUUUAAAAAUUGUAAUUUUCACGUGUGAUUUUGAAUCAUUAAAACUUUUUGAAUUAAAAA